AUUUAGUUCUCUUUUUGGCAUCGUAACGGACACCAUCACCAAUAAUGAUAUACCUCUUGGCAAUAUGUUGCGCUGUAACAAUGGUUACAGUAACAUGUGAAACCAGGGUGGCCAUAGCCCAUUUAGUGGCUGGUGAUGUCAAGGGCAGUGUCUGGUUCACGGAGACCGAUGUCGGAGUGCGGGUCACGGGAAAAAUUGAGGGGCUCGAUGCGGGGCUCCACGGGUUCCACAUACACGAGCUGGGGGACACCAGCUCCUGCGACGCGGCCGGCAGCCACUUCAACCCCGACGACACCUUCCACGGCGGUCCCGACCACGACCAACGCCACGUCGGAGACCUAGGAAACAUACGCUUUAACGAAGACAAAGUUGCCGAUAUAGACUUUGUGGAUCACGUGAUUUCGCUCCGCGGACGAAACAACGUUCUGGGACGAACGUUAAUAUUGCACGCAGAAGAAGAUGAUUUAGGGUUGGGGGGAGCGGCAGACUCGCUAACAACUGGAAACGCCGGGUCCCGAUUGGCCUGCGCUGUUAUAGGACUGAGCGCGCCUGUCGACCCUUGGCUUAAACUAUUACAUCCCAAUGAAGAAUAAAUGAAAAUACUAUUGAUUUAUCGGUAAAACGUAGAAUUUAUUGCUUAAAAAUAAAUAAAUAUUAAAAUUAA